AAAAAUAAAAGGCGUUUUUUUUUCUCUUUUGAUGAAAUGGAAUCAAAUUAGGCAAUUUAUCUAGUACUUAACAGUUUCCUGCCCAUGGCCAUGUUGGAGAAAUUCAUAAGGGCUUGACCAAUCUUGGUUCUGGACUUGUGAUUUUUUUCUUACUGAUUUAAGGGAAGAUAUGGCAAGGGCAACUACACUUACCCUGGUUCUCACAUCUCUUGGAUUUUUCUUCUUGACGUAUAAUAUGGUAACAACUGUAGUUCGCUACAGAACUAUGAGUUCAGAACGAUCAAUCAGUAGUAAUCUGGUGGGUCAAUCCAUUGUAGAUCCUGUUGUUGAGAAGCCGCGCAACGCUCCCGAAGAAAGGAAAGAAAGGCAUCCUUUUCAUGUUGCCUUGACAGCGACUGACUCGCCUUACAGUAAAUGGCAAUCUCGCAUAAUGUACUACUGGUAUAAGAAAAUGAAGCAUUUACCCGGUUCAGAGAUGGGAACGUUUACUCGCAUUUUGCAUUCUGGACGUCCUGACAACCUAAUGGAUGAGAUUCCUACGUUUAUAGUAGAUCCUCUUCCUAAAGGUUUGGACAGGGGUUAUGUGGUUCUUAAUAGACCAUGGGCAUUUGUGCAGUGGCUGGAAAAGGCGUCGAUUGAAGAAGAAUAUAUUUUAAUGGCGGAGCCAGAUCACAUAUUUUUAAAUCCAUUGCCUAAUCUCUCAUACCAGGAUUAUCCUGCAGCCUUCCCCUUCUUUUACAUUCAACCUAAAGAAAAUGAGAAUAUUAUAAGGAAAUAUUUUCCGGAGGAAAAUGGUCCUGUCAGCAACAUUGAUCCAAUCGGGAAUUCUCCAGUUAUUAUCAGGAAGGAUUUGCUGGAGAAGAUUGCACCUACAUGGGUUAAUGUUUCCGUGAGGAUGAAAAAUGACAACGAGACUGACAUUACAUUUGGAUGGGUUCUCGAAAUGUAUGCAUAUGCUGUCGCUUCUGCCUUGCAUGGUGUGCAGCACAUUCUUCGAAAAGAUUUCAUGUCACAGCCUCCAUGGGAUUUAGAAACUAAAAAGAAGUUCAUUCUGCACUAUACCUAUGGCUGUGACUACAAUAUGAAGGUAAAUUUAACAGCACAGAUAUUGUGCUGCUGCUGUAACCAUUUUCUUAUUUGUAGUUUCUUAGCAUGUUUGGUUGUUCGGGUGUUCUGUAGAAAACAAUGGCUUUUUUCUGCUGUUGAAACUUUCAAGCAUAAUGAUGGCAGGGUGAGCUGACAUAUGGGAAAAUUGGGGAGUGGAGGUUUGACAAAAGGUCACAUACCAGUAAACCUCCACCGAAAAACAUUUCUUUGCCUCCUCCUGGUGUACCGGAAAGUGUGGUAUGUCUAAGUUGUCAUAUUUAACAGCUUAUAUCCAAGAAGCUACAUCAUUCUCAAGCUGCUGGUUGUCAAUGUGUGUUGUGCAAUAUUCUUUUCCAUGCAUUGCCACAUCAUAUGCAUGGCUUUUGUGCUAGUCUCCUUGGUAUUUGCUACAAGAUGUGCAUGGUUUUUCUGCUAGUCUCCUUGGUAUUUGAUACAUCAUGUGCAUGGUCUAGAUACAUUAGUGCUUAUUUGGAAAAUACAUUAGUAAAUCGUGUUUAUACUGGAGUCUGAAAAUGGGAAUUAUUUCCUAGGUUCUGAAAGCUGACAAAGUUCUGAUAUAAAGAAAAAAUAUUUUCCAAUUACAUAUGAAGAGAGUAAUAAGAGUACUGAAAUAUGCUGAGGUAAAUUCCUCCUCUAGAAAGUUGACGGCUACUCUUACAGCCAAAUGUUUGGAAAAUGAUAAGCACAACGACUGUAACUGGUAAGAAUAAAUCAGAUGACACUUAUCUUGAGCGUGUGGAAAGAUGCAGAGCAAACACCACAGUUGUUUUACUGAAGUUAGGAUUGUUCUGGUCUAUAAUCAAUAAUAAUUUGACACCAAUCUCUGUCUACGAGUCUUUUAGGAAAUGAAUCUCCUGUUCAAUUGUCUGUCGAGUGGAUAAAUGUAUAGUACUGUUACCUGACAGCAUGGAACUAAGAAUGUGUAACUUCCUUCCAACUGUUUAAAAACAUCAUUGUGUGCAAGUAGGUGCCGAUCCUGAUGGCCAGAUAUCUGCCUUGUUUGUUUUAAUGAAUUUGUAUAUUUUCAGAAAAGAAAGCUCACGUUUGAGCAACAGAAUGCAUAGGAACUGUGGUCAUGCCUAGAGUCUAGACUAUAACUUCCACUUUAGUCCAGUAGGAGUCGUUAGCUUCAUUUACUUCUCUAUAAUUAGUUGUAAGGUCUACCCAAAACAACUCGAUAAUGAGUAGAAACGGCCAAGAAUCUUGGUAGCACAUGUGGUAUCAUGAGCUAACAAUUAUGGUCAAGGUUAUGGUUAUUCACCCUCUUUACAACAAGAAAAUAGAACCAUCAAACCCCAGUGACAAUCUCAAUUAGAGAGCAUUAGGCCUGGAGGGAGCCCAAUGAGAGGCUGAAAUGAUCAACAGAUGUUGUGAAACUUAGCUCACUGCAUUGACCUGAUUGACUAAUGCUUGGAAAACCAAACCCUAGCCUGAAGAUCCAACGCCAUGUCACAGACCUGCAUUCGACUCAAAAACACAGUUAGCAUCACGAGUGUAGUCUUCUUGUGGACUGUCUUAUAUCAACAACUAAUUAUGGAUUCAUAUGUUUGCAGGUCACUCUUGUAAAGAUGGUGAAUGAGGCUACGUCCAAUUUGCCCAAUUGGGAAACAACAUAAGAACUUGAGAACCUUUGAGUACAGUAAUUAGGUUAAUGAAUUGUCCCAAUCAGAGUAUAGACACUUUAGAAUCAAAUUAUACCAUUGUUAACUUUAUUCACAAAAAAUAAUCAAAUACUUCUCACAAAGAAAAGAUAAUACUAAAAGACAAGUCUUCUUUCUUUUUCUAGUACAAAG